UAGAAUAGUGGAAUCGUCACGAGAGUGCUACAUCCUCUCUGUUUCGACAGCGUUUGAGGCAGAGGGAUAGGCUAUCGACAAUAUAUUGAUCAUAAGGCGUUGUUUGAAAUAGCCAUUUAUAAAAGGCUAUGUUUGAACAGCUGCCUAAGUCGAACUGUGCACGGACCAUUAUGGUACAGUAAAGGAACUAAUUGCAGAGAUGGCUUUGGGACUGGUCGCCAAACUACAGGCUGGAGUUAUCCGGCACGCGUUACCAUGCUCACUGUUGAAAACAACCACUAUACCAGUGCACCUGACUCACAAGGCCCAGCCCAGAGUACCUCUGUGGAGAUGUCACCAAGUUCUCUUCUGCAGCACUGUGGCGCCCUCCCAUGAUGUGGCCGUGCAGUUCAAACACGGGCGCCCUGCGAUGGCCGUGCCGCUGCCCUCCAGGAGAGAGAAGUGUCUCUUCUACCUCAGGCCCAUGCUCAUGACCGUCAGUGACUUCAUCCAGGACCUGCAGACUGAGGAUCCUGGGAUCACGGCAGCCGCUGUGCUUACAACAGAAGGGGAGAAGGUAGCAUGUACCACCUCUAUUGACACACUCCUCAGUAAAGACUUCAAGCUGGUCAUCAAUGAUGCUGUCUACAAUGUGCAGUCUUCAUACAAAGAGCUGUCCAGUCAUGAGCAUGCCUUGGGGAUGAAGGACGUGAAGCAUGUGGUGCACCUGUUGCACACUGCCCUCCACCAGCCCGACCACCACAUCCUGAAGGAGAGGGAACUGCUUGAGAAACUGGACGGCAUCAAACAGGAAUUGAGCCCACUUGAGAAGGUUAAAGCCCAGUUAGUGCGGAAUGCGGAGCUAAGAUCCUCACGGGCGGUGUGGAUGGGCAUGGCUUUGCUGUCGGUGCAGGGCGGCGCUCUGGCCUGGCUCACCUGGUGGGUUUACUCCUGGGACGUCAUGGAGCCCGUCACCUAUUUCAUCACCUACACCACCAGCAUUGGGGUGUUUGCAUAUUACGUCCUCACCAAGCAGGACUAUGUGUAUCCGGAUGCAAAAGACAGACAGUUCCUGCAGUAUUUCCACAAGGGUGCCAAGAAAGCUAAAUUUAAUGUGGACAAAUACAAUCAGCUGAAGGGUGAUUUGGCAGAGGUAGAGGAGGAUUUGCGCCGUUUGAGGAACCCAAAUCAACUUCAGCUGCCUCUCGACCAGAUCCAACCCCACAACUGAAGAUUAUUGAUGGUGGAUUGAACGCUUUUUUAUUUCCAUAAUGGUGCCUUUUCUUUCAUAUCAUUUUAAAGCAUUUGAAAAAUAGCCAUAUACAAUUACCAAAUACAUUUUCAAGAACUGGAAAUAAAAGUCAUGAAGAAA